UUCACGCAUGCGCACAGGACCUACUCCUUCUAACAGACUUGGCUGGAGAGGCUUGGGAAUUCCCCAGGACAUCUCCUUUCGCGAGACGACUUGACCUGUAAACAAUUUAGCACGGUAACGUUUAUAUUUAUUUUACUCCGUGAAAAACCUUAUCAGGUGAAGAUGAACUUUGAUGAUAUCAGUUAGAGCUUAGAUGCAGCGCCCUGUGCUGUUUUCGUAGACUUGGUCCUCUAGCACCUUUAGCGUGCUAGCUAGCUAACUAACUGCUUGGACAUCAGUUACCAGCUUGAAAGCACAGCUAGCCUGCUACAUUGCUUUCGCAAACUGUCUGGUUAAUAAAAUCAAUCGAUUUUAACCAGCUGUUGCAAAAGAGUCUAUUAUAAAAAACGAAUAGCUAGCUAGCAACAGUAUUCGUAAUGGCUGGUAUUCAGCCCAGGUGCGAUUUUGGAAAGCAGCAUGCACGGCCUAUACUUGGCUUCGGGCUUGACAAACACGAAACUCUGGGUACUUCUGCACCGGAUGAUUGGUGCGACAGUGGGCUAGAAUGUCUGAGUGGAACAGCGCUGAGCUUGGAUGACUCCUUCAGCAAUGAGACAUCCAAAACCUGGGGGCCCAGGUCCCCUCACACGGCCUCCUACUCCUCACUGGAUGACACUGACAAGCACCCUAUGGACUUUAGUUCACUGGGUGGUGGAGAGAGGUUGGACUCCGCUAUAGGGGACUCAAUUACAGAUGAGACGGUGGGGAGUAUAUCACAGGGGCUGGGGACCAUGCACCUGAAUGAACCAGUUAUCAGUUACACAGUCGAUGACUGUGGGAGGCAAGCAGCACCGAGCCUGGAGGAGGAAAGACAGAGGAGAGAUGAGAUGCUCAACACACUGAACUUUGUGUCUGAGGAUGGAGACACGGCUCUUCACUUGGCUCUUAUCCAUGAGCACUGGGCCUUCGUACAAUACUUACUGGGGGUGAUAGCUCUGGACAGGAGCUGGGUGCCUUACCUGGACAUCCAGAACCACUUGGGACAGACUGCCCUCCACCUGGCUGUCAUAGUGGACCAGUCCCAGUGUGUGCGGGGGCUGCUGUGGGGCGGUGCGAGUGCUGAGCUCCAGGAGAGAGGAGGGAACACACCGCUGCACUUGGCUGUCAGGGAGCUGAGGCAGGACUGUGUACGAGAGAUCACCUCCAACUGCCAGAGCACCGACUAUCUACACGUCACCAACUACUCAGGGGUGAGUGCACUGCAUUUGGCAGUACAGAGGGGCAAGGAGGACAUAAUCAGCAUGCUGAUUGAGGCAGGAGCUGAUGUUAACCAGAGGGACCCAGGCUCAGGCCGUUCCCCUCUCCACUGGGCCGUGGAGUCCCAGAGCCCCAGGGUGGUGCAGUUACUGCUGCAGAGGGGAGCCAAUGUAGACCAGCCCUCCUAUGCAGGCCACACAGCCCUCUACUGCUCCCUGCACAGGCCCAACAAGGAGGUACAGGCCCUGAUCAAGGCUGGAGGGGCCUCUGACACACAGGCCCAGGACGAAGAGGAGAGGGAGAGUGAAGAGGAGUUUGAUGACGUUGUUAUCAAUGGACAACGAGUGCACUAACAAUGAACAUGGAACCUGAGCCACAUGGAGUAAUGGUGCUGCUGUUGGGCUAAGCGAUUGAUGUGCAUUUGUGUGUGUGGUUUGUGUAUGUAUGUGUGUCUGUAAAUUGUAUAUAGCAAGGCUGCUGAGUAGGUCCAGUUCUCAACCCAGUCAGGACUUAAGUCACUCGAUUUAAUUGAUCAGUUGUUCCUGUGUCAAUUUAGUUCCUUUACAUUGUGCUAAUGUUAGCUAAAGCUAAUGUUAGUUGGGUCACAUGGUUUUAGUGUUUGUCUGGAGCUAAGCUUGCCAAGACUAGUGUUGCCUACCUUACGCAUGGGAGAAUGAUCCAAACAAAAGCUGUGUUCUGUCAAACUAGUUGCCAGUUUCACCACUACAGAUUCCAACUUUAAAGCUGGAGUCCUUCAUGGUGAAACUGCCACACCUGUUUGCGAUAUGACAACAACAAAGAAGUUACUGCAAACAAUGAACUGUGUUUUUCUCUCGGACAUGAUUGGACGCGAGAUAGAACAGCAGUGUGUAUAUAGUGCAUUUAUUUUUACCAUGAGACCCAACGCUCCCCAGCUCUGCUUCGUCAACAAAACAAAAACAGCCGUGGCGCAGUUUCCCCUACUGCGGAUUCUAUCUUUAAGGCUAUAGAUGAGAGAUGUGGGUUUGGGACUAAAGCAGUUAGAAGGAUCUGAGAUGUUAGCAUUAUUAACAAGGCAGGGUUAGGGGAAGAUGUGAAUGUACAUACGGUAGAGGUUUAUGCAUGCCAAGGUAAGUAGUUAACAAGGGAUGGGAGGAGAAAAGAGAGGGGCAAACUCAACACAUUGCUAAAUCAUCUUUGCUUCAAGUUUAAAUAAAUGAUCGUUUAACGGCAUUUGGGAACCUCUGCAAGUCUAUAUGAGUUGAGAUUUUUUUGACCUAUCACAUGGGUAGAGGGUAAUGUGAUGUGACAAUUUAGUAAUGAAUCAGUCCCUGACUAUGAGUGCUCUAACCAGGGCCUGAUGACUAUCCCUGGAAUACCCUGGAGUGAUGUCAUUCAGUUCAUUUGAUGUACAGUUCACAAAUUAAAGACGGAGCUACAAAAAGCAGACACUGAGACCCUUCAGAACAAGGGUUUAAUCUGGUGUAUAUUUGCUUUCUGUAUUUUUGACUUAUUUUUGUAUUCUUUUGAAAAAGGAUUGAUUGGUGAUUUGAUAGGCUAGGAUGCCUCUGUAUUUGCUCGUCAGCAGGAGCAUGAUGUCUACAUGAUUAUUGUAAUAAAACUGUAAAAUGUAUAGAGUAUUAAGAGGA